AUGUUCUCCGUGUCCAACGUUCUCCGCCAUCUCGGCGUGGGAUGGCUUGCCACAACGGCUUUCUUGUCUGUGACCAAGGCUUCUCCAAUGCCGGAGACAUCUCCUCUAGAGGUUCGAGCUGCAGCUGGCGAUCGCCUCGUAUUUUGCCACUUCAUGAUUGGCAUUGUUGGGGACCGAAGCAGUGCAUCAGACUAUGACGAUGACAUGAGCCGCGCCAAAGACGCAGGUAUUGAUGCCUUUGCCCUGAACAUUGGCGUGGAUGGAUACACAGACCAGCAGCUCGGAUACGCAUACGACUCCGCCGCGAAGAACGGCAUGAAGGUAUUUAUCUCCUUCGACUUUAACUGGUGGAGUCCUGGCGAUGCUAGUGGUGUUGGCCGAAAGAUUGCCCAGUACGCCAGUAAGCCUGCGCAGCUUGUAGUUGAUGGACGUGUCUUUGCCUCUUCCUUUGCUGGUGAUGGGUUAGAUGUUGAUGCCAUGAGGUCUGCUGCCGGUUCUAAUGUGUACUUUGUUCCAAACUUCCACCCUGGAGAGUCUUCUCCCGAUAAAAUUGAUGGUGCUCUGAAUUGGAUGGGUUGGGAUAGCAACGGAAACAACAAGGCUCCCUCCAACGGCCACACUGCCACUGUUGCUGAUGGAGACAACUCGUAUCAACGGUGGCUUGGGACAAAGAAGUAUAUGGCUCCCGUGUCUCCCUGGUUCUUCACCCACUUCGGUCCCGAGGUUUCUUACAGCAAAAAUUGGGUCUUUCCGGGAGGUUCUCUGAUCUUUGACCGUUGGAACCAGGUGCUUCAGAAAGGGUUCCCUAUGCUUGAGAUUGUCACCUGGAAUGACUACGGGGAAUCUCACUAUGUCGGCCCUCUCAAUUCCCCUCACUAUGAUAAUGGUAAUUCAAAAUGGGUGAAUGAUAUGCCUCAUAACGGCUGGUUGGAUCUCUCCAAGCCCUUUAUUGCCGCGUACAAAGCCGGCGCCACCUCUAUUAACAACUACAUUCGAGAAGACAAGAUCAUCUACUGGUACCGCCGCACUCUCCGCACGCUCGACUGUGAUUCCACCGAUACCACUGCCGGACGUCCUGCAAACAACAACAGCGGCAACUACUUCAUGGGCCGGCCCGACGGCUGGCAGACCAUGGAUGAUGUCGUCUAUGUCGUAUCUUUCCUCACCCAACCAGGAACCAUUACCGUUCAGUCUGGCGGUCAGUCCAAGACCAAAAACGCGCCUUCUGGUGCUCACAUAUUCACUGUCCCUGCUGGUGUCGGCCAGCAGAAGUUUUCUCUGACUCGCGGUGGAAACACUGUGCUCUCUGGCACCUCAUUGAUGGACAUAUCUAAUGUUUGUCCCUGCGGCAUCUACAACUUCAACGCCUACGUGGGCACUCUGCCGUCCGGCUUCAACGAUCCCCUGCAUCCGCAGGGCCUGGCAUCAUUGACCAUUGGUCUGCAUGUCAGUACUUGUGAAGCCAAGCCGUCUCUGGGAACCAAUCCUCCAAUUACCAACCCCCCUGGUGGCGAAACAACAACGACAACCACUUCACCAGGAGGUCAGCCUCCUCCCACUACUACCAGUUCAACCAAGCCUCCUGUCACCAGCCCGCCUGGAGGAGAUCGUGAGUUCUCCCCCAAAAUACUAGCUCCGUUGAAAGGGCUGUUUGGCUAA